AUGACAAAUGCAGAAACAGCAGACCCUAAUCAUGAAUUUUUUGUGCCACCUUCUGAUUGGGAUCAUCAGAAAGAAAGUGACACGAUAAUUCUUAUGCUUCCAGGGUUUAGGAAGGAGGAAUUGAAGGUUCAAGUGUCCUCUAACCAAGUUCUAAAGUUGAGUGGUGCAAGAAAGAUCAGUGACAACAAAUGGCGUCGAUUCCGCAAGGAAGUACCCCUUCACGAUUCUUAUGAAACCAGCGGAAUCAAUGCCAAGUUUGAAGCUGGAAUGCUAUAUGUAAAGCUUCCCAAAGUCAUCAAACCACAACCACCAACAAAACAAAAAUCCAAACCAGUUGCUCUUCAACAACUUGGUGAAAAAGAGCCAACAGAGGAUAAAACCGAAGAAUCCAAAACCGAGGAACAACCACCACCACCACCACCUCAAGAACCUAAGGCAGAUCCACAGAAGGAGAUGAGCAAAGCAGAAACUGAAGACAUAAACAGAACUUCUUAUGAAGCUCAGGAAAUGGGUGAAACCACCCAAACAACAUUCAAGGAGCAGACGGAAGAUCAUGAAGAUUCUGAAGAGAAGGUGGCCCAAUCACAAGCAAAAACAGAUGACAAAGAGAUGGAGGAAGCUAUAGCUUCUAAGGCUAAAGAAACUGGUCCUCAAGAGUUAAAGAGUAGUGUAGCCAACAUGAACAAAAUCCUUGACAUGAUUUCUCACAUGGUUUUGGAGGUUAAGAAGCAGAAAAAAGUGGCCAACUUGGUUAUUGUCUUUCUUGUGUUGUUCAUUGGACUCUACUUAAAGGGUGUGGUCAAGUCAUCUUUUGCAGGACCCAAAAACCGAGAGCUUUAA